AUGCCUCUCACCACUGAAAGCUCCGCUGUAGGUCUAGCCCCUCUCCCUCCUACAGAUACCAUUCUCAGCUUGCGAACAGGCAAAAUCCGCCCGCUCGGCGGUGUAAACAUCCGCACAGCCAUUAACAAGCGAGCGCGGCAAGGAAAAUGGGAAGUGACCCCUGUUGGACUCGUCGGCGACGAGCAGCAGUUCAUUCAUCAUGGUGGUCCUGAAAAGGCUCUUCAUCAGUACUGUGCCGGUCACUACGAUGUCUGGAACGCUGAGCUGCCUGGCCGAGAGGAUCUCUUCAAAGUAGGCGGUUUUGGAGAGAAUCUAUCUGCAAUGAACAUGUCUGAGACGAACGUCUGCAUUGGAGACGUAUUUCGUGUAGGACCGGAUGUGAUCAUCCAGGUUUCUGGGCCGAGACAGCCUUGCUACAAGCUCAAUCAUCGCUUUCAGCACAAGAAGAUCUCGGCUAUGACGCAGUCAAGUGGCCGAACGGGAUGGUACUACCGUGUUCUCCAAACAGGAUUCAUCGAGCAAGGCGAUGCCAUUGAACUUGUUGAACGCAUCAACCCAACCUGGCCCCUCUCACGAGUCCAGAAGUACCUUUACCACGAAAAGUAUGACAUUGAAAUCUUCCAGGAACUGAUAUCACUUCCUGCCUUGUCUGAAGAGAUGGUUGGGAUAUUUCAAACCCGACUUGAUCACGGUACCGAGGACAUGAGUGGACGUCUUGAAGGCGAUCGAGUCCCUGUCGUCUGGAGACCUUACAAGCUGGCAAACAAAACGGAGCUGACCCUAAGGAUCAAAUCCUUUAUCCUCGAAGCUCAGGAACAGAAUGAGGACUCGGAGUUCGGCCAAUUUCCAUUUGUGCGUAUCCAAUUUGGUCCAGACGGAAAUAUUUCUCGUGCCUACUCUGUCGUAUCCGGAACCACGAAUCGGUUUGAACUUGGUAUCGCUAGGGAUGAUAAUUCGAGAGGCGGAUCUAUCUAUCUCCAUGAUAAUCUGAAUGUUGGAGAUAUCAUCAAAGUCGCUACAGGGCACAACGCUCCUGCAACACAGAGCGAAAAGGUGGAGAACAAUGUGUCCAAGCAUAUCUUCAUCAUCGGCGGGAUCGGAGUAACAGCCUUUCUUGGUGAGAUCGAAAAGCUGUCUCAAGAGUCGCUCGAAGUUGAGGUUCAUUAUGCUGUGCGGAGCCGCAAGGAUGCGGCCUAUUUGAGUCGUCUACCAGUCAACAAGACCACCAUCUAUGCAAAAGACCAAGGCCAGCGACUCAUUCUCAGCCAAGUUAUCCCUAAGCCUACGGAUGAUAAAGGUCGCAGACCAGUUGUUUAUUGUUGCGGUCCAACAUCACUCAUGAACGCCUGCCGUAACUUGACCACCGAUCUUGGGUAUCCAAAAGACAACGUCCAUUUCGAAGAAUUUGGCGAUGCCGCUACUGGAACUGGUGAGCCAUUCGAGGUAGAAAUCAAGUCAACUGGCCAAACGGUCCCGGUACCUCGAGAGAAGUCCCUUCUUCAGGUUCUCUCUGACGCAGGAUUUGAGAUCGAGUCGUCAUGCCUGGUUGGAAACUGUGGCACAUGCAUGGUGGACUAUUACAAGGGAGAAGUUGAUCAUAAGGGCGUGGCCCUAGACGAGGAGCAGAAGAAGGGAUCUAUGCUAAGCUGUGUUAGUCGUGGGAAAGGGAAGAUCGUUAUAUGA